AUGACAGCCGGGACCGUGGUCAUCACAGGUGGAAUAUUAGCGACUGUCAUUUUACUCUGUAUCAUCGCCGUCCUCUGCUACUGUAGGCUCCAGUACUACUGCUGCAAGAAGGAUGAAUCCGAGGAGGACGAGGAGGAGCCCGACUUCGCCGUGCACUCGCACAUCCCUCCGCUGCACUGCAACCGCAACGUAGUGCUGACCAACGGCCCCUCGCUCUACUCCUCAUCCCCCUUCGCCAAAAAACCGGCCCAGAGCCGGCCCAGCUGCCCCAGCUGCGAGCCCCCCACCUUCUUCCUGCAGGAGCCCCCCGAGGAGCUGCACAACGGGGGGGACAGGGUGAGCUACAAGACGGUGAGCCAGGAGGACCUGGCGCUGCCCGUGUCCAACCUGCAGGCGCUCAACCCCAACCGGCUCUCGGCCAUGCGGGAGGCGUUCUCCCGCAGCCGCAGCAUCAGCACCGAUGUCUGA